CUCCUGUCAGUGCGCAGUGACUCUGCAGCAGUCGCCGCGGUAGCUCGUGUCCGCUCCGCCCCCGGCACCUCCAGCACCACCAUGCCUGGCCGCCCGACCUGAUCACCCCCCGGACCUCCGGCAUCCCCACCCUGGCGGCCAUGGAAGGGGGAGCCGGCUCGGGCCCCAACCCCGGCGGCCAGGAGUCCCCAAACCGAGCCGUGGAGUACCUGCUGGAGCUCAACAACAUCAUCGAGAGCCAACAGAAGCUGCUGGAGACCCAGAGACGCCGCAUUGAGGAGCUGGAGGUGCAACUGGACCGGAUCAGCCAGGAGAACCGGGAGCUGAGAGAGACCCGACAGGAGCAGCACCGAGCAGACUACCGGGAACCGUGUGCGGGGUACGGUCAUCAUCACCCCCCACACCAUCAUCAUCACCAUCACCGGGGGGGAGACACCUACUCUACACCCCCACCACCAACCCAUCAUCACCGGGCCUCCGCCAGACCUUCCCGCAGCUCCAGCCCCGGACACAGCACCAGCAACAGCCCGGCCACCACCCUGCAGAGGAAGAGUGCCUGGACCACAAGACAUCCUGAACAGAGUUACCAAUCUUUUGGCAGGUCUGAUGGAGAGAACUCCAGGACGGUCAGUGUUGAAGGUGGCGACUCUCUUGGAAGUGAAUCUGGAACCAUUGUUGACAGUCCAGGCCAGCAGCCUCCGUACCGCGGAGAGGUGAAAAGUGACCAUUACGACCUGCCAUCACCCACCCGUCACCCACCCCACCCUGGCCUCCAAUGGAGUCAAAGGGCCAGACUGCAGCCAGCCAGUGUUGCCUUGCGUAAGCAGGAAGAAGAAGAAAACAAGAGACCCAAAGCCUUGUCUGACAGCUAUGAAUUGUCAUCAGACCUCCAGGACAAAAAGGUGGAGAUGCUGGAGAGGAAGUAUGGGGGCUAUUUCCUCAGUCGGCGAGCCGCUCGCACCAUCCAGACUGCGUUCAGACAGUAUCGCAUGAAUAAGAACUUUGAACGCCUUCGUAGCUCUGCUUCUGAGAGCCGCAUGUCUCGUCGGAUCAUCCUUUCCAAUAUGCGCAUGCAGUACUCCUUUGAGGAGUACGACAAGACCCACAACGUCCCAUAUUUCCAGGGCAAACCGGUGUCAUUGGACGAAGGGGUAGCUGCAUGUCGUGGGCAGGGGGAGCGAGGUCUUCAGUAUGUGGGCUCCUGCGGCGGUAUUGACGGUGAUUCCAUCAACACCUCAGGGGAGUUUUCCACUGAAAUCACAGAACUGGAGGAUUCCUUCUCCAAACAGGUUAAGUGCUUGGCUGAGUCAAUAGAUGAUGCCCUAAGCUGCCGAUCUAUGCACUGCACGGAUCCUCGAGAUGAAAAAGGAAGCUUGGAAAAGGGAGAGAGCAAGGAACAACAUGGAGACAGCACUGCCACUUCCUUCAGUGAUGUCACUCUCUAUAUGGACGAAGGAGUACCCGUGUCACCUCUUUCUCUUGACCGGCCUCCAAGCUCUGAUCAAGACACUCCACAAGGAACUAGUUCACGACAGGAGUACUGGGCCACCUCUUCCUCCCGGGAAGACAGUAGAGAGAACGGUAGUAGGAGGAGCACUCCCUGCAUGGAGUGCCGGGACUUUCGCAUGAGAGGCGCUCAUCUUCCUUUGCUCACUAUUGAGCCUCCUAGUGACAGUUCUGUGGACCUAAGUGAUAGGUCAGACCGAGGCUCUUUAAAUAGGCAGGUUGUUUAUGAACAAGAGAACUGUAGCCCACAUGGGACUCUUAAACAAGCACCUCACAAAGGACCUGCACGCUCCCCACAUCCCCAUCGCCAUUAUCAUCCGGAACCUCUGCCUCCGCCAACGGACCCUGGGGGUGGAAAUAAUGGUACUUCAGUGGGGGUUGUGGGAGGCGGGAUGGUAGGGGUGCGACAUUUGCAUCAUGGUAAACAGGAACUUGGGGAGAAUUCUGAUGGUGACAAUGAAAGUCUAAACAGCACCACUAACUCCAAUGAAACCAUCAACUGCAGCUCAGGCUCCUCUUCCCGCGACAGCCUACGGGAGCCCCCCAAUACCCUUUGUAAGCAGACGUACCAGAGGGAAACCAGGCACAGCUGGGACUCUCCUGCUUUCAACAAUGAUGUGGUGCAAAGGAGGCAAUACCGCAUCGGUCUCAACCUCUUUAACAAAAAGCCAGAAAAAGGAAUUCAGUACUUGAUUGAGAGGGGCUUCCUAUCUGAUACCCCCGUGGGGGUAGCACAUUUUAUCCUUGAACGGAAAGGUCUGAGCCGACAAAUGAUUGGAGAGUUCCUUGGAAACCGCCAAAAACAGUUUAACAGAGAUGUCUUGGACUGUGUGGUGGAUGAAAUGGAUUUCUCAAACAUGGAUCUGGACGAGGCAUUGCGGAAAUUCCAGGCUCACAUACGUGUUCAGGGAGAGGCACAGAAGGUGGAGAGGCUCAUUGAGGCUUUCAGUCAGCGUUACUGUGUAUGUAACCCGGCCCUGGUCCGUCAGUUCCGUAACCCAGAUACCAUAUUUAUCCUGGCAUUCGCUAUUAUUCUUCUCAACACGGACAUGUACAGCCCGAGCGUCAAAGCUGAGCGCAAGAUGAAGCUGGAUGACUUCAUUAAAAACCUGCGUGGGGUGGAUAACGGGGAGGAUAUUCCCAGGGAUCUGCUUGUUGGAAUAUACCAGAGAAUCCAGGGUCGGGAAUUGAGGACAAAUGAUGAUCAUGUAUCUCAGGUGCAAGCUGUGGAGAGAAUGAUAGUUGGAAAAAAGCCAGUUCUUUCUCUUCCACAUCGUCGUCUUGUUUGCUGCUGCCAACUCUAUGAGGUCCCAGAUCCCAACCGCCCCCAGAGGAUGGGUCUUCACCAGAGGGAGGUCUUCCUCUUCAAUGAUCUUUUGGUGGUCACAAAGAUUUUCCAGAAGAAGAAGAUAUUGGUGACCUACAGCUUCCGGCAAUCCUUUCCACUGGUGGACAUGCAGAUGCAGCUCUUCCAGAACUCUUAUUACCAGCAUGGAAUCAAAUUACUUUCUGCUGCCCCCGGUGGUGAGAGGAAGGUCCUAAUAAUCUUCAAUGCUCCAAGCCUCCAAGAUCGGCUCAGGUUUACCAGCGACCUACGAGAGUCCAUUGCAGAAGUUCAGGAAAUGGAGAAGUACAGAGUUGAAUCGGAACUAGAGAAGCAAAAGGGGGUAAUGCGCCCCAAUACGUCUCCUGGGCCAGGGAUGAAGGAGGCUGUGAAUGGCACUCUGGGACGGCCAAGUCUGGAUGAUACAUAUGCACUAGGUGAAGGACUGAAGAGAAGCGCACUGAGCAGCUCAUUAAGAGAUCUCUCUGAUGCUGGUAAGAGAGGGAGGCGUAACAGCGCUGGAUCUCUGGACAGCACCAUUGAAGGGUCUAUCAUUAGCAGCCCUCGUCCUCAUCAGCGAAUUCCUGCUCCACCACCUCCUCCUCCUGAGGAGUACAAGUCUCCAAGACCCGUCUCCAACUCUUCCUCUUUCCUGGGCUCUCUGUUUGGAAGUAAAAGAGGAAAAGGACCCUUCCAAAAUUUGCCUCCAACUUCACUGCCACCUCACCCCCACACUCCUCCAGGAGUUGAUGGACCAUCCAAGAUCCAGGCUCUUCACGCUCAGUACUGCCACAGCCAGGGGCCACUAGCUCAGCCCCCACCACCCUAUCACUCUCAGCCACCGUCCUCUGCACCACCUCAGCAGCCCCCUCAGCCACCUUCUCAUCGUUACCAUGUGCCACCAUCCUCUGCUCAGUUCACAUUGCAGCGUCCAAACCAGCAAAAAAGACCGGCUGUGGGAGGGCCACCCUUGACCCCCAGCUCCCCCCACCCACAAUACACCCUGCAUGGCAGACACCCGUCAAACCAGCCUCAGUCACCCUUACCCAUGUAUGGAGCUGCACCUCAGCAUGCCAUGACACAUACUUACCCCCAGCAUAUGCACCAAUCCAUGCAGAAACAGCCCCCCAAGCACUUUGUUUUUAGUCAUCACCCUUCCCAAUUACCCCCUCAACAACAGCAGCGCCCCCCACAGUCCCAGUAUAAUCCACAGCAUCCACAUGGCCCGCUUAACCAAUCCCCUUGCUCGCCAUUAUCGCCUAUCCCGCCACAUCCUUCUUACCCUCCUCUUCCUCCGCCAUCUCCACACACGCCUCACACUCCAUUAACUCCUCACUCCCCUUUGCCUCCAACAUCCCCUCUACCCCAGCAUGCUUCCCACCAUCCUAUGGGGACAAACACAUCCCAAGGCAAUCCAAAACAAAAACCAGUCAACAGAAUCAGUACGGUGGUGUGAGAGCCUGGCCAACCCCUUGUUUACAGUGAGGGGCAACCACACAUACGGAAAGUGCAGGAACUGAAAUGGGGGAACAGCAUGCACACGGGGGACUGCAUCUGAGGUCCCGUUGUUCCUUCUUCAGCUACAUCGACACUCUUCGGCACUUACCAGGACAGAGCAGCAUCUAGUGAGGCCUUCACUGGAACUCUUUCUGGCAUGUAAAGAAAGAUGGACAGCGUUCUGAGCCCUGAUGUAAUCGCCACCCUUCCAUUUCCUUCUCUGCACAGGAAUCCUUUUUUCUUUUCUUUUUUUAUGGGUAAUGUCUCUGUUACAAGGCCCCAAGCUAAUCCAGCUCAAAAGGGCUUAGGAGGUCUGUGAUUGCUUAGUGAAAGGUGACACCCCAGAGUGAUUUGUGUAGUUUUAGUGGAGACUGCUGUGCCGGUGAUUGUUUUGAUAUCUUCUGAGUAGGUAAAUGCACCUGCAAGGUGCUGGCAUGUGUGGUGAGAGUAUGCUUGUGUACGUCAAAAGAAAAUGGGAUUGCUGGGUCAAGCCCGACUCUGCUGCUACUGCUAAAGGGGCCUGUGAAUGUAAGAGUGACUAGCCAGGUGGCUACGAGUGCAGGAUGAACCUCUGUGGGCUCUGGAGCUUCAGAACAAAAAGCUGCUGCUUCACGCCCCAUGACUGCAAUAGAAGGUUUGCCACAUCUUCCCAGUGCCAUCUGCUUGUUGUGUCAAAGGGGCCCUGCAUUGUAUCUUGUAUAGACUAUUCGUAUACACUCUUCCUGGUGUAUGUGCAGUCCAGGGUAUAAACCACUAAACGAUGCAGGGAAUGGACCCCCUUUAACAGUGUACCUUGUACAUGGACAACGCAAACAAAAAGUCACUUGUGCCCUCCCUUUACUGCACAAUCAUUGAUCAGUCGCCACUUUCUAAACAGAACUGUACAAAGAGAUCUAUAUAUGGAGAAGAGAUGUCUAUAUUAAUAUAUAUAAAUAUAUAAAAAAAUAUAUAUAAAGUGUAAAAUCCUUUGUACGAGGUAGAAUGUCUGCUUCAAUUUUAAUAUUUCUGAGAUCUUCAGAAAGACGCAUCACAAACCACAAAUUUUCAUCGAACCCAGCAACACACGCCUAAAACAGCCUCAGAGUGGACCCCAUUGCUGUUGCACAUUGAAAGCGGCUGUUUAGUGAUGUCAUCGCUAAGUAUCUUGGCUCACAGAAUAGCUGCCACCAAUAAGUGUAGGUAACAAAUCCACUUAAAAUCUUCUAUACAAAAAUGAUAAGUUAUACCCCCAGAUGUAAACAGGGUAUGUGUGUCUUCAUAAAGCCAAAACGCAUGGUAGGUAUAGCUUUGCACUGGACCUCUAUAAUGGAAUGCAAAAUGGGUGCCUGCGCAUUGCUUUGUGAUCUUUGUAUUGGAUCACUGAAAAUAUUGGACCUCUUAAAGGGAUCAUUGGCUCUUUUUGCCAAAAGCAAUGCAACAAAUCACACAUUGUACGAUGUUUUUCUUUUUAAAUGUCCUUUGGACACCCUCCAUUUGACACUCCUACGUUUUAUUCUUGUCGGUCACCUUGAUUGGAUUGAUUGACUUUUGUUUUAUAGUUUUUGCUAUAGUUUUUCACCAACCGCAACACUAAAAUGCAGAAUUGCCUCCAGAUUGCUCCAGGAGCUGUGCCUAGAGCCAAACUCAUUGCCAAGUUUCGGAGUGAACCAUUUGUUGGGAACUAGAGAACUGCUUCAGUUCGAUCCCAGUAUGAUAGUACCAUGAUAGUUUCUCAGGAUCUGCCCUCACAAUGUGACAGUGUCCUAUACUGUACAAUUCCCUCAUUGGUGAACUGACACAUUUGUUGAAAUAGAAAGGCACCUUUCUGUCACUGGCUCGCUACUUCUCUUUUAUAAGGUAAUGAAGGCGGCCAUUUUUAAAUUGGAGAGAAAUGGAAAGGUAAAUACCUGUCAGCAGUAUCACCUUCUUUUUGUUGCAAAAGACUGGCGGUCACUUAUACCUUGCUGGUAGAUUAAACUAAUAAAAGCAAAGGUUUUUUUAUUUUUUUGUAUUGUUCAUUACUAACAUAUUUAUUAUUUCGUGUAUGCAAGGGAAACAUUUAACAAGGCACAGCUGCGGUUUGCCAACUCCUUGUAUAAGAUGUAAUAUAAAAUAUAAUCUCUCCAUAUGAAUUAGCAUUUGCAGCAUUUUCAGUUCUGUGUGAACACUCCUCGGUGUUUAUUAGAGUGAAAUAACUUCAAAAUUUGUGUUAGAUUUCUGAUAACUUAUAUGUUGCAAGCCGUGUUGCUUAUUGAAGUGAAAUACCCCCUCACCCGCCAAAAAACAAAGUAUAUAUAAAAGAGUAUACAAUAAUGCGGACAUGUAAUUUCCAUGUAACAGAUCCCGUGUGGGACUUGUAGUUCUUAAGGUAGGAUCCCCUGCUGAUUCUUUGUAUAUUCUCUGAGACUCCAGUGUUGAGGCUUUCCUGCUGUACUAUACAGAAUAUGGCCAAAACUUUGUGGCCACCUGACCAUCACACAUACAUGAACUUAUUGGACAUCCUAUUCCAAAACCGUGGGAGAUGUGGACCCUUUGCCCUCUUUGAAAUGCCCUACAUGAGAUUUUUGUAGUGCGUCUGUGGGAAUGUGUGCCCAGAAUGCCUAAAGUGCAUUUUGAGUGGUUACCUGCUGAUGUUGGGUUGAGAAGAACAGGCUGCCAUUGAAAUCCAUCCAUGGGGUAGAGGUCAGGGCUCUGUACGCAACUUGAAUUCAUCCACCCAAAACUCCUCAAAACCAUGGGUUUUAUGAAGCUGGUACAACAGAGUCCUGUGAGGAAAGCCAGCUCCAUAAAGGCAUGGCUUGAUGAGUUUGGAACUAGAACAGGAAAGGACCUUCCCAAAAAAUAUUGCCACAGGAUGGGAAGUAAUGGUCCAAAAAUCUCGUACUAUAUGCUGUAGCAUUAACAGUACUUUUUACUAGAAUUUCUUAAACUCAAUGAUUUGGAGUGGUAUCCACACACUUUUUGCUACAAGUGUUCUUCCACAUAGAAUACAUAACAGGCGAUGAGAUGAUCAUUCAUUUAGCACUUGGACACCACUGUAAAUGUUGAUGGGGAUAAUUCAACACUGGAGUAUCGAGAAAUUCAGGAGGCAAGCUUGUGAUUCAAGCGUCCGGCAUACUAUAGUCAAGUUGGCCUUUAAAUAGAGAUUUGUGCUUUGCGGUUUUGGCUGUGGUACGUUUAUUGUAUGAAGUACUCCCCACUCCAGAAACGUACCACACCAUGAAUGUUUAUAUACCCCUAGGUCCUUGGGUAGGUCCCUACAAAUGUGAUACUUCUGUGUUAGCUGGGCAGAUGCUUUCAUCUUUGACUUUGUCACAGUUAAGAGAAUGUUCCAAAAUGUUAAUUUGUCUAGAUUGCAGUUUACAAUUAUCAGUAUUCAAUAACGUUUUAUAAAACACUCCAUUAUAAAAUUGUAAUCUUGUUAUGCUUUUUUUUAAAGCCAUAGAAUAGAUUUGGGGGGGAUGCACUUUAAAUGUGACGACAAUGUUGUCAUUGGUGGUUUUCCAGAACAACUAGCUACAAGGAAAUGCCAAUGUACUGUGAUUUGCUGGACAUUUUAUUGAUCACAUUUUAGCACCAUUUUAGAUGCUGGAGUUCUGCCUAUGUUUUUAGUAAGAAGACAAACCUCUAUAAAAGGAAGAUGUAAGAAAAAAACAGUGUGCAAAUAUUGUGCUGCACGUGUCACUUUUAAAAUCUUUAUAGGCAGUGGAUUUUCAUAGCACAGUCCAUAAUAUGGCAGCUCAGGUAAAUAGCAAAUUUCUCACAAUAUAUAUGAAAUAUUAAACCUGUUACUAAUGGUUUAAGCGUGGCCAAAUAGGACUCUCCAUUCCAAAUCUGGAUGAUCAAGAGGUCUCUGAGAAAAUAGCAAUUGGAGAAGUCUGAAUAGCUCUGUCCUCUCCUCCAUGAUAAAUGAUUGGGCAGCCUGAAGGUUUGUUUAGGAUUGAAGCCGGAUCUGAUGAUUUUGGUCUGCCUGUUAGAAAUGUAAGUGUGUGAAGUCAGAACUAUUUCCAGAGAUUAACAACUUCCCCAUAAAAGUCUUGAUUCUUUGUAUUUUAAAUUGUCCUUAUUUAAUAUUGAAAAUCAUUGUAAUAUUAAUCAUUAUUCUAUUUAGUUAAAAACAAUUGUAGUAAAGAUACCCAUGGCAAGAGUGCCAUGCUCCUCCAAGGCAGUAUCAUCAAUCCCAUAGAACUAUACCACUUCAGCAGGAAGUUGUCCCUGGACAUAAUUCUACAAUAGGGUCAAGUAUGUGAAACUAUCAGACCUAAAUGAAGGUCAGGUGUCCUGGCCUGCACCUUACUAGCCCCUUCCUAAUGUACAUCUAACAAAGCAUCAUGCAUGUCUGCAUAAGUCAGGAAGGUUGGGUUAAGGAGAUCUGAUCUCUAUUGAUACACGUGGAAGUCCCUAGUUGGUGGUUUUGUCUGGUGUGGAAGCUUCCUUUUGACGGCUCUCCCAGAAAACAAGAGCCGUGGCUUGUCCCUUGUCUGAAUGCUACUAGAAAUUAUAAGGAGAAUGCCAGUCUGUGCCCAAAAGCAGAGUACCAGGAUAUUCUGUGCCCAGAAUAUAUUUUUGUACUUUUUCUCAAAAAAAAUAAAAAAUUACAGGGUGAGAAUACAUCCUUUUUAUAGCCCUCGUGAUUGGAGCCUUUAGCCCCUCAAACAUGGUGGCUUUUUAUCGAAUACAGCAACACAAAAAAAAAAAA